AUGACUUCCCCUCUUCUCCCAUACGACUACACUCCGUUACCCAACGAUGACGGCUUGCGAAUUCUCAUCCUAGAGCCAGCACUGAACUUCAGCGACCCGCUUCGAGCGCGAAUGAUACAUCGCAGACUAAGAGACGACGUCAUAGAGUUAGAAUCCCCCGACCCUCCAUACCACGCUGUGUCCUAUACAUGGGGCGUGCCGAGCUACACCGAGGAUUUGAUCUGCGAUGGACGCAUUCUCAAGAUUACCCCGAACGUGGAGAGCGUGCUACGGCAUCUUCAGAAGAACAAGGAGAGAUAUUUGUGGAUUGACGCACUCUGCAUCAAUCAAAGAGAUGAUGCGGAGAAGGCUCGCCAGGUUGCUCGGAUGGGAGGGAUAUUCGGGCGGGCGGACAAGGUCCAGGUUUGGCUUGGAGAAGCGACGGAAGAGGACGAGAUACCGACGAUUUUCGAAUGGCUCAAAGAGUGUGUCGCGAAAGAACGGUUUAUCCAGAAAACCAAAGAGGGUGAUCGAUUGAGAAAGGGAGUCAUCUUGAAGAUGGAGAAACAGAGACGCCUGGUCGUCCGACUACUCGCCCGACCAUGGUUCCAUAGACGAUGGGUCUUGCAAGAGGUGGCGCUUGCGAAAGACGCCACCGUUCGAUGCGGACCUUACAAGACGUCUUGGAGCUGGCUUACUCAAGGCAUAUCGAUCCUCGGACCACACGUAUACCGUGGGGCUCCAUGGUCGGCCACUGCGGUGAAUGCCAGACGAAAGGAGUAUAAUAUCGUGGACUUGCUCUACAAAUUCGACACGAGCGAGUGUAGAGACAACCGCGACCGGUUUUUUUCCAUGUACGGAAUAUGCAAGCCGCUUGAGUCGCUCCAGCCAAAAACGCUCCGAGGCGCUCGCCGUGGUAUCCAGAUCCAGCCGGUGGAUUAUUCGGAAUACUGGGCUGACACAUACAUUAAUACGGCGCAGCAGUUUAUUCUCCACGGAUAUGUGAUCGCGGUUCUUCAGCACGUGCUGUCUUUUGGUUCUCUUCAUCAACAGAACCCG